GUCGCUAAUCACUAGUGCCAUCGUAUGCGUCAAAUGAAAACCAAACCAUCACGCUCUCAAACACACCAGGUUAAACAUUGCAAAACAAAUUUUCGGAACAGACUCGCACAGAAAGGUUUAGUGGUGACGCCUGUUUCUGUCUAUGAAACCAUCAAGACUUCGAUUCACAAAAAUCUGUUUCACAAUAUCAACGACCGGUCACCCAACCAACCGGUUCUCUCCAUCCCAGAGACAAUGUUUAUAUAUUCCGACUUCGCUGCCUAUGGGGUCUCCUAUGUUCCUGCGCGCGUCCCAUGAUCCCAUCCCUCUCUCUCUCGACGUGCCGUUGGAAUCCUGUGCUCGGCUCUGCUUUCUCCUCCGACCUUCGUUUUACGGCCGGUGAUAUGACCAAUGCCACUCGGGUAGCUUCCUGCCCGCGCCCUAUCUUCUCAGCUGCUUCCUCCUUCUCCAACCUUUUCCCUCGUGUUUGGAGGCACUGAAGGAGCUUUUGAUUCUGUUUCGAGGCUCUUUUGCUCUGCGUCAGAAGCUAUUUGGCUUUUUGCUUACAUUACAUGUGGAUGUGCUUUCGAUCGGAUCCACUUUCUUGGUCGAAUUCAUCUGCUGGAAGAAAAAUAUCGGUGAUGUCGAGGAGUAUAUCGUUUACUACUUAGAUAACAUUAAAUUGCAGAAAUAAAGCGGCGAAUACGAAAAUCAGGUUCAACUCGAAGAUCAAGCGCCAUGUUCGAUCUUAAUCUGAAUGCCGAUUCGACUCAUACCGCUUGUAACGAUGACUUCGUCAGGUUCUCCGACGAGCUAACGGAAGCCUCCGGAAAUAAAAUGGCGAAAUCCGGGACUUCCAAUUCCUCUAAUGUCUAUGCUAAUGGGUCCAGCAAUGGAGGAGAUGAAGACUCCUGCUCCACACGUGGUGGGGACGCCUUCACCUUUAAUUUCGAGAUCCUUAAGGAGGAAGGCGGUAAAGAAGUCGCGACCAAGGAGCGAUUUCUGUUUAGUGAAACAAAAGGAGUGGAUGGCGAAUCUGCGAAUUGGCAGGGUCAGUCUUUCUCUGCCCUUCCGUCGAGAAAGAGCUGGGUGAGUCUUUCCUUUGAUCAUCAGGGUGGGAACGGAGAGAUGAAGAUGGUUCAGGUUCAGCAACAAUCUCGGCAGCAAGUGAAGAAAAGCAGAAGAGGUCCCAGGUCUCGGAGCUCGCAGUACAGAGGGGUCACCUUUUACAGGAGGACUGGAAGAUGGGAAUCGCACAUCUGGGAUUGCGGGAAGCAAGUCUAUUUGGGUGGAUUUGAUACCGCUCAAGCCGCAGCCAGAGCCUACGAUCGAGCUGCUAUUAAGUUUAGGGGAGUUGAUGCUGACAUCAAUUUCAAUCUCAAUGAUUACGAGGAGGAUCUUAAGCAGAUGAGAAAUCUCACCAAGGAGGAAUUCGUUCACAUACUUCGUCGCCAGAGUACUGGUUUCUCAAGGGGGAGUUCAAAAUACCGAGGAGUAACGCUGCACAAGUGUGGUCGUUGGGAAGCUCGAAUGGGACAAUUUCUUGGCAAAAAGUAUAUAUAUCUUGGGCUAUUCGACAGCGAAGUAGAAGCUGCAAGGGCUUAUGAUAAGGCAGCUAUCAAAUGUAACGGAAGAGAGGCAGUCACCAACUUUGAACUAAGAACAUACGAAGGAGAGAUGAAGCCUGAGGUCAUUACUGAGGGUGGCAGUCACAAUCUUGACCUCAAUUUGGGCAUUGCAACACCGAGCAGUGGCCCGGAAGAGAAUAGGAGCCAUCAGUCACAAUCUAUCCCUUACGACAUGCAUACUGGAAGAAGAUCAAGGCAGAAGAUCAAUAUUGAUUCCGUCAAUGGUGAUCCGUCGUUGAAAAGGCCAGUUGAUCCAGAGGAGCGUCCUUCUGCGUGGAAUGGCAUAUAUCCUAGUUUCUUUCCCGAUCAGGAAAGGGUUUAUGGAAUCAGUACAGAUCAUUCACAAGGACUGCCUCCAUGGGGUUGGCAAACGCUUGGCCAGGUUACUGCGACGUCAGUACCACUGUUCUCUACUGCAGCAUCAUCAGGAUUCUCAAUGUCAGCUACCUUUCCUUUGGCUUCCAUCUGUCCAACAAAAUCUUUGAGUUUGAGCUCAAUUCCCUGUAAUAUCUGUUUCGAUCCAUCAAGUGCAGCUGGCAGCAACACAAGUCAACAUUAUUGCCAGAUGAAGUCCCCGCACGCCCCCCGCUAGCCCCAGCCUCUCUACAAUUAUAAUAUAGAUAAAAACGCAAUCCCCUCAAAACUGUUUGCGUUCUAAAUUCCUUGUAUAAUUCAGUUACCGAUCCGUGUAUACUUUGAGAUUCGACUCCUGAUUGGUAACUCCUGGCUAAACAAUUAUGCACUGGUUUGGGCAUUCUCUGAAGAUGCUAAUUUCCCGCUCCAGUGCUCUAGUUCUUCUUACGUUCCGUUCCUCCACGAAUUAACUAAUCUUAUUUCAUUAAGCUUU